CUUGACGGUGCCAAUAAGCUGCUUUAGACCAAAAUCAAAACACACCAAAAAUUAUUGAGUAAGAUUUUCAGCUGAAUCUCAUUUCUGAAUCCCUCCCCUCACCCGAAAAUGAAAUCGUUAUCUGAGUACUUGAGAAGUUUGUGUCACACGUUAAAAGAGGACGAGAUCAUAGAAGCAGAUGCUAUCUGCGGAGUGUGCCAAAAAUCAGCCGUGGCCUCUUCUGCAUACACCAUUCAUGACGCUACUGAAACGUACUACGUGCACAAGACUUGUUCCGAAUUUCCCGUGUCAGUUAAUUAUCAUCCGCAUCCACUGACAUUAGAAGCGGAUCUCGUUAUUGGAGAUGCAGCUGCAUGUCAUGUUUGCAAUGAUCCCGUUAUAGGCUCUCCUACAUAUACCUUAGCCGCGAUGUUAAUGAUGAUUGUGGAAGCUUCUACUUGCAUAAAAGUUGUGCAGAACUAUUACCGCAAAUCCAUUACCAUAAGCACAUGAUGCAUCCUCUUUCUCUGUUACCACGCCCUGCUGAUUACUCUUGUGAUGUUUGUCGUCGUGUUGUGAAGGUCUCUUAUGCGUGCGUUGAGUGUGAGUUUGAUGUGUGUGUGUUUUGUGCUUUGGAACAGAGAGUGCUUCAUCAUCCAGGACACAAGGAGCACGCGCUAACAUUGAUGAAGAAGGAAGCCUAUUUUGAGUGUGAUGCCUGUCAUGAGGAAGCUAAAGACUCUUCGUAUGUAUGCACAAUAUGUGAGUUUUGGAUCCACGAGAGCUGUGCGUUUUCCCCCUCCAUUAUUCCGGCUCCAACUUAUCACCAUCACCCUCUCACUCUCGUCUACUCUAUUCCUGACAUUCAUCGCUAUUUUCCCCGGUUCUGUGGUGUCUGCCACCAAUAUGUUCACAAGAGCUACUGGGUGUAUUAUUGCCACAAGUGCACAUAUUUUGUGCACAUGAAAUGUUCUACAUCCACAAUAUCCAUGGUAAAUGAGAUUGAAGCAGAUGAUGACGUCGAUGAUGAACCUGAUUUGGUACAAUUUCCGCUGCCUAGCCAGGAAUCAAUAUUUGAUCUCAUUGUGACUCAGUGUUGCAAGUCCCAAGCCAACUUUAAAGGUGAAGGUGAAAUCAGUGUUGCUAUGUCGACAAUACCUAAUAGUCCGCGCCUAAUUGAAAAACAUUGGAGUCACAAGAACCAUCCAUUGCAGCAGCUCCAAUUUACUAUUGGUCAGAAUAGCAAUGAUGAAAAUGAUGAUGACAUAAGAGCGCUGAUAUGCGAUGGGUGUAUUCAACCUAUAACUGUUUCCGAUCCAUCUUAUUACGCUUGUAUCCAAUGUGGAUUCUUUCUCCAUUCCUUCUGUGCGACUAUGUUGCCACAAGAGUUGCCUGUGGGAGCGUCCUCAUUUCAUCCAAAUCAUUCUCUCUUACUCCAGAAAGGGGAUAAAUUCUAUAGUAUUGUCGAAUGUGGAGUCUGUUGCCUUGCCACGAAUGGAUUCUACUAUCAGUGCCAGACUUGUGAUAUCUAUGUUGAUAUCCGUUGUGCAUUUUUACCCAGAAGGAUAAAACAUAAAUCUCACAAACACCACUGCCUUGUUCAGCGACAGUCUUCUGAAUCCAUAUGCAGCGUAACCAGGUUUCGAAUUGGGAAGGGGAUGGAAUAUGCAUGUGAAACCUGCAGUAGCUUCCUGAUUCAUAUAUAUUCCGCAAUUUUUCCAAGCAGGAUGGAACACAAAUAUGAAACCCAUCCGAUAACUUUGAGAAGUCCUCCAUUCUUUUACGAGGGAGUAUUUUACUGUGAAAUAUGUGAAGAACAAGUUGACAACCAAUACACGCUCUAUCAUUGCAGUGAAUCUGAUCACUCUUUCCACUAUUAUUGCUUCGGUUUGCUCAUAAAUAUCAAGUUAGGAGGGACCAUCAAAGUUGAUAUUGGGGGUGAACCACACACACUUGCAUUAGUCUAUAAGACGGUUACAAGAAAGAACUUGACAUACACUUGUUCCAAUUGUGCAGGCUCCUACGAUUCCUCCUAUUUUGCAUUGGAAUGUGAUGGUUGUGGUUAUCUUGUAUGAUACAAGUGUGUCCUCACCCCCCUUGGGCGAAUAAUUGUGAGAAGUAGAUCCAGCACUAAUACAUCGUAAAUAGCCUGUUUUGUUGUACUGAUCCUAUAAGAGCUAUUGAUUCUAUGUAUUCUUCCAUCGUUACCUUCAAUUAUACUGGUAAUAGCAUUUCGUUA